UCUCACUCGUCCAGCCUCGUGCUUUCAACCCUCUUUUGCUCGAGGCGGAGGAGGAGAGGAACCUGUUCCUCUCAGUCAUCCUCGAGCCUCUUCGGGCUGUACGCGUCGUGCGACAUCUUUCACCCGUUCUCCAAGCAACUCGAUCGACUUCCGUUUCCCGUUCGUUUUCUUAUCUCUUACGAGAAGCCACUUCAUUUCGAUUAUUUUCUUCGUCGUUCAAGAAUGAAAGGGUUCUUUUCUACUUACAUGUACACAGUGAUCACCAUGUGCAUAUAUCGUGAUCUAUAUACGCAUACGUAUAUGUGCAGUCGUAUAGAUUCGUAUACGAUCAUACAUACGCGAUAGGAAGUUGUUGGGGUGUUGUGCAGGUAAUUACAUAGUGAGCAACUUCGAGGAGUGAAUGUUUAACACCUUUUUUUGUUUCUUUCAAUUGAAAAUUGGGUACUAUAGAGUAGUUUGUUAAAAUUGUGGAUUUUUUAAUGUUUUUAUUGGAGAAAUUAUUGAUUGAUUAAUUGAUCAGUGGUUCUGGAGACAUUUCGCCUUCGCAAGGGUUUUGGAGAGUAUUCUUUUUGAAAAAUUAAAUAUCUUUAGGGAUCGGUAGAGAAAAUCACGAGAUAUUCGCGUGCAGGGGUCCUUGGUGACUCGCGUGCCGUGCUCGUUUCUCGAGAACGCGUUUCAUUCCGUCAAUUAAAAGCGACAUAAUAUCCUACAAUCAUCCGUCAGCUCGAUUCAAAGUUCUUUCAUCCGUCGCGAAAAUCCACGUGACGUUGCUCGGAUAGAUUUUUCUAGGUUCCAGUCGUGUGAUUGUGAGAAAAUCUAAAGUAUCCCUCGAAAAACUGGCUCGAAUUUAUAUCGCAAUUCGAUUUUUCUACAGUUGGAUGAAAAUAUCAAAGUGAUCCACCAUGAGUUUGAUCAGUGAAAUUUGACCGCGCUUGAAUUUCGAUCGUCGCCGAGCGAAGGACUUUGUGGACGAACAGAAAACAUACUCGAUCCUGGUGUUAAUUAAGUAAAAGUGAGAAGAUAAAAAAUAUUCAUUGCUCCUGGUCCGAAUGGGUAGCGAAGAAGGAGAUGGAAUGGCGAACGUGGAUGUCGCUGCUUCCUGGCAGCAAUAUUAUACAUGGUGUGGCCCCUAUUCCCAUCCUCAUUCCCAUUCUCAUCCACCGCCUCAACCGCACGCUCAUUCCCAUCCUCAUUUCCCUCAUCCGAAUCAUCUGAACCAGUAUCAGCAACAAUCGUUGGCGGCGUCCACCGCAAACGCGUCCGCCCACUAUUCGACGACGCCUCAGCAGUAUCAUCUACAGCUACAACCGUCUCAAACGCCACCCUUGCAUCAACAACAGCAACAACAACAACAACAACAACAACAAUUCCAUCCUAUCAGAGGACAGGCGACACUUAGAAGAGGCUCGCCUUACGAACGACCAGGUGAUCCUAUGAUAACAUCCUCACUGAAGGGAAAACAAGGUAAAGAUGGACCGGAAGAGAAGAAGGACGCGGAUGGAGAGUUAUGGGGCAACGUGGAAGCGCAGGCCGCCUUCCUCGGCCCAAAUCUUUGGGACAAAACUCUGCCCUACGAUGCCGACCUGAAGGUAUUGAACCAUUACGUGGAUCUUGACGAGUUUCUCUCCGAGAACGGCAUUCCUGUGGACGGUGUGGCUGGCGGUGGACAGGGUACGAUGCAGAGUGGACAACUGCACAAGUUGAACAACACCGAGACACCAGGGCACCAAGGACCAGCUGGUCUUCAUUUAGAACCAGUCACCAAACGCGAGAGAUCACCCUCGCCGAGCGAAUGUUGCUCACCUGACACGAUGAACCCUCCCUCGCCCGCGGACUCCACGCUCUCGAUGGCCUCAUCGGGGCGAGAUUUCGAUCCACGCACCCGGGCCUUCUCGGACGAGGAGCUGAAACCCCAACCGAUGAUCAAGAAAUCACGAAAGCAGUUCGUUCCGGAUGACCUGAAGGAUGACAAAUACUGGGCGCGUCGUAGGAAGAAUAACAUGGCAGCGAAACGAUCACGGGACGCGCGUCGCAUGAAGGAGAACCAGAUCGCUCUCAGGGCCGGCUUCCUCGAGAAAGAAAACAUGGGCCUCCGACAGGAGCUGGACCGGUUAAAGAACGAGAACAUGCUGUUACGCGACAAGCUGAGCAAAUACACGGACGUCUAACAGUACGCCGAGGAAGCAACAACUCGUCGUGGUAUUAAAAAAGAUGCAGACACGAGCGUUUGUUGUGCCAGCUCCUCCCACACUUUAUAGUCGCAGAGCACUUAGGUUUUCGUCAGUCCGGAAGAAAAGAAAUGAAAUGAAAAAAAAAAAAAAGUAUAUAUUGGAAGAGGAAAGGAAGGAGCGCGUCCGCCGAAUCACAAAGUCAUCUCCACGAAUUUUAAUCGAACAGCUUACUUUUCCUUACAGGAUUCCCUUCGCAGAGAUAUCCUUCGAGAGAGGUUUUGCUAUUCAUUCAUCUCGUUCUCCUUCUUCCUUCUUCCUUUAUUCCUUAUUCCUUAUUCCUAAACCACCAACACCGCGCAUACCUAACGUUGAUCCUGUUUUAACCCCUUCUGCCUGAAUCCUUCGUCUCCUUUCCCACUCGCCCCCAUCUUCUCUCCGGAUAAAGAAAAGUGUACAUAGUUAUAUGUAUAGUUAGAUUAUAUAUAUAUGUAUACAUGCAUACAUACACGAGCGCGUGUACGUAUGUCUGUAAAUGGUCGAGUUUGUUAGAGCGCCUGUAAGCGCGCAACCCGCAUGCACACGUGUAUGUACAGAGAAUAUACGCGUAUAAAAUGCCAGAGGUGUGUAACCGGUCGGGUAUAUCGUUCGCUGCUACGCAUUAUCCAGCAUACACGUAAUACGUAUAUAUCUAUAUACAUAGUCAGUCAGGCAUACACGUAUACACGCGGAACCGCAAACGUAGACGUUUGUAUGCAUGCCAGAUGAACGUGGUACCAAUUGUUCCCUACGAGACAUCUUUUAUUUUUUUUCUUUUUCGACCUGUUGAAACGUUAAUUAUAGUCGUGUUCGAAGAACUUCUCUGUUAGAAGGAACAAGGAAAAGAUUUGUUACAAAGGAGGAUGCAAGUUUCUAUUUCUUUUCCGGUUUCUCCGAAGGAAUACAUCAAACAGCCGAGUGGAAAACGCGUAGCAAAUUCAAACGUCUCUGGCACGCGCACAACCGUCUCGUAAACCGGGCUGGAGCUGAUUAGAGUAAUAAGCGAAUAAUGUACGAAGAUGUAAGCACAGACAGGCGCGUGUAUAAAACGAUCGUCUGGUUGAAAGGAAAACGGUCGCGAACGCUCCUGAAGCGGCCGCCUAGCCACCCGCGCUAGUUCUCGAGCUUCUAUUUGGUUAUUGUACAACGCGAACUCCACAUCUGAUCGUAGAUAGACCGUGUUGGUCUAACGUUUUUUCUCGUUGCGUUAUCCGCCUUCCUCCCUCUUCCGUCAGUCUAAUCGUUGAACGCUAUUCGUUCGGGAGGAAUACUCGAAGAGAUUCCUGGACGACAUCGUCGAGUACAGUAACUAGCAUUAUUGUACCUUCGCGUGACUCCGUCGUCGGACCGUGCACGUUUUAAAAAAAAAAAUAUUUACCGUUUUCUUGGCUCAUCGAAUAAUCACCGUUUGGUUGUUUUGAUCGAUCGUAUAAAUGAGAAAUCAACGAAAUUGAAUGCGAGCGGGGAAACGUGUGUAACACUGGAGGAAGACGGGGGAAGGUAGAAUCGAUGAAUUAAAUUAACAAGCGAAAGGAUACUUGGGAGAACGACGCUUUUCUGCGCACGGACUAGGUCCCUAGUUCUCUAAGAAACGUUAAUUACCGUAGCGUAUCCCACAAGUGGUGAUGGUACACAAGUGAUUCUAGUUGUUUUUAUCGUAAGGUAGAUCAUGUGCUUCUUUUUUUCUUUUUCAUACGUAACGUUUUAUCUCUCUCUUUAUCGUACGAUUUGCUUGAAGCAAAUUGAAAGUGCGGGAAAAGCGUCGCGACGCGUCCCUUUAUUAUCGUUUCGUCGCGCUUCAAUGGUCGAUGGCUCGUCCGACAAUGAAUUUUUAAUCAACCUUUUUUUGUAAAUACUUGAAUAAGGAAACCGUACUAAUAUUAGUUGCCCACGCCGAUUCAAGGUAUCGCUGCAUUGAUCAUUGUAAUUUUUUUUUUUUUUUUUUUUUAGAGCGAUUAGGAGAGAUCGCGAAAUAGAAUUUCAAGUUCAUUCGAUGAUAAAAAGAAAGUACAUUUUAUCGAAAAGAGAAGCAAAACGAUACUGUCAGCUCUAUUGUUAACCGACGCCACGACAAGAAUCGUGCACCAAGAGGGGGCUGCUCCAUCCUUAGCAGAACAGAAAAUGUUAUACACGCGGUAUUCUCUAUUCGUAGUUGUUUCCUCUUGUCACAUGAAUUCGAAUGUAAAGGGAAAAAAAAACUCUAACGAUGAGCGAAAUCCACUGGUGCGCCUUUCAUGGAUAAUACACGCGAUUAAUAUUUUACAUACCUGUUGAUGCGUUUAAAUAAGCGAUUCUGCUCGUUGCAACGCUCAAUGACAAUAAUCGAGUAUAAUUAUAUAUACAUAUAUGUUUUUUAGCGACUUUUUGCGACGUAAAAUCGACAAUUAAGAGUAUGUUCCCGGUAGAGAGAAAAAAAAGGUCUUUUACGAUACGCUUGUUAUCGAUUGUUUACACAAUUGAUUAUUGUUUUAUCAUUUCGAUCGGUUUCCCUAAAACCCCUUGACAUUAUGAAUUCUCGAAGAGCUUAUUAAAUAUUGUUAUAUACAUAUAUAUAUAUACACACAUACAUGUACAUGUAUAUUUGUAGACGUACACAAAGAAAUUAAUUUUAUAGAAGGCCUUGUCAAUGACAGAUUCGCUUUUAACUGUUUUUAUACAAACCAUCGUUUUAAUUGAGGAGUAUCGUCUCGUUAAAGAAACAAUUCGACAUUCGUAUAUUUUGUUCGUACUCGAAACGUGUCCGUAGGAUUCUUUUCUCUUGUUUUAUUUGUGAUCACGCAUCAGAGUUCUAUUUACAAUUAGAUAAAAUAUGUAUACGUACUUUACGAUUGUAAAUUUUUAGUUGGAUACAGAUCCAUAUGUAAUUAAUCUCACGGUCGACGUUAUGGAAAUCGUUUUACGCAUUGUUAUCAUAUACAUAUAUUUUCUUUUUUUUUUUUUCAAGAUUUUACGUAUGUUGUAUAAUUUGAAAUUUUUCAUUCUUUUUUCCUUUUUACAUAAGUUGAUAGUUAUAAGCAAACGGAUUUCAACGUCGCAAGUAAAAUCAUACAAAUUGAUUCUUGUAUCUCAUUUUUAUGAUUUCACUUUUAACGAAGCGACUUCAGAAUUCGUUCGAACGUAUUCCUCAGCCCCUUUUGAUUGAUCACGAACGAAAGACAAAAAAAAAUCAUUGUUAUUAAUACUGUACGUAACCAAAAAUCAAACAACAUGCGAGACAAAGAGACUCGUUGUAAGCUCGAUUUGUGACUGUUGCUAAAUACCAGUUUAUUGUAAGCAACGACACGUGACAAAAGCAAGGCGAUUGACAAAGAGAACGCAAUAUGCAAGAAAUCAUCUCGCAACAUCGACGAUCCGCAUUCAUCGUUCAAACACGUUCACUGCCAUAAGUAUUAUAGAAAUUGUACUUCAGUUUAAUUCAAAAUAUUAACUCUUUCACUUGAAACGAUAUGUACACUGUAAUUUUAACCCAUUUGCUACCACGAUCCCCAAAUAGGGAUUUGAAUAUAUAUAUAUAUAUUUUUUUUUAUCACUUGCAAUAGGAUUAUAUUAAAUAAAAUGUGAAAUAAAAAUUUGGCAGUUAAUGGGUUAAUGGAUAUUCAAAAUUCGUUCCUCAAUUGAACUUUCUGUAAAGGUAAUAACGUAUGUAAGUAUACUUAUGGCAAUCAACGUGUUAAUGAUCUAUACAAGACACACCGCUCUUUGGCAUACAGCCAGCCUAAUUUUAACAUAGACAAAAUACACAUUGUGUAAUAUCGAAGAACAUUGUAUGAAAGGUAUCUUAAACGCGUCGUGUCCGUAAUCAAACGAACAAAUGUAUCUCUAUACACGCGCGUAGGACAAACGUAUGAAAAUCUUUUAUAUCAUCAGCAAUCGUAAACCGCCGAUCAAUAGCGUUAUUAUAGAGAAACGAUAAAGUCAGAUAUUUCUUUAUCUAAUUUAUAUUCGAUCGCUACGCUGGCAGUCGUGUGUGAAUAAUCGAGAGAGAGUACAUUGAUUCACGUUUCUCGAAUAUUUCUAAGUACCUUCUAGUACAAGUUGCUAUUAAUUAAACAUGUCGUAGCGUACUAAGCGGCCGAUCAUUCGGAUCACUGUUUAACACCGUAAUUGUCAAACGAGAAGCGGCGGAGUAGCAUGUUUUCAAAUGACACGAUGUAAAAUAUAAAAAGAAUCAUUUAAAGAAACAAGCGCGCGCGUUCGUUACACGCAGUCCGUGGAUAGUAAAAAACGAUACGUUGUAAAGAAGAUCGUAGAAAAAAAAGAAAAAGAAUAUAGAAAAAACACACAUACACACACACACACACACACACACACACACAAAGGUAGACGCAACCGACAGCUUUGCUCCAAAUUAGAAUUUAAUCGACGAAUGACAAAACGAAGAAAAGUUGCAAAAAAUGUAAAAAAAUUAAAUGAUAGGGAUUUAAAAAAAAAAAAGAGUACGUAAUUAUGGAAAGAUAAAAGAUGAGACACGCCAUCCGAUCCAUUCGAAAACGAAAAACAGUACACGUGAGAAUUAAAUACGACCACCCAACGUCAAAAAUGUAUCACAUUUCGAGAAAUAUAUGUAUUUGUUAUUGUUUUCAUUGAA